AUGGGGUUAAAUCCAUUACAGGAUGUUAACACUACUUACCCUGUGCAUCGGCCGCCCCCUCAGCAAUUACUGGAGUAUCGGCCGAUGUUAGGCACAGAUAAUUUAUUGGAGGGUAUCAAGACGCAGGAAUCAGUGUUUCACAAAUUAGCGGUUGGUGAAUCAGCUGGGCGAGAACGUCUUAAACAAGUGAGCGGCACAGAGACGAUGACUCACGCGCAGCCGUGCUCGGUGCAAGCGAGCGACGAACACGAGACCACGAAGGCCGGUGGUUGUACUGCAGUACCUUUGCAGCAAUCGUUAGCCGAUAUUGCGCGCUGCGGAGUAUGGAGGCAACCGGCUACUGAUGAAAAUGGGUAA